AUGGGCGGUAUGGCUUACCUAAAGCCGCAGGAGGCAACGAUGCUCCUAUUUGGCCCCCAGGCCUUUUCGUCUAGCAAGCUAUUAGAAAAGAUCAGGAAUACUCUCUCCAGCGAUUCUUCAGAGAAGCAAUGUAUUCUCGAUACGGUGGCAGAGUUACCGCAGCAUUGGAGCUCACUGAUAGAAAGGAUACCAAGAAUAAACGGCGUGGUCCCGGGCGAGAAACACCUUGCAGACUUGGCUUCCUGGCUUCAACAAGGCCCGCUCGACGAGUAUAAGCUGGAAAGGCUGCCUAAUUUAGUACUCACACCCCUCGUUAUUCUCGCUCAGCUCACUGCGUACUGGCGUUACCUUGAAAUCAACAAGCCAGAAAAGGCAACAUCUGGAGCAGAGAACGAUCUACAGGCAAACCUAGUAUCUAAGCGGAACAGUCGGGAUGGUAGCCCGCUGCAGACGAUUGGGUUUUGCACUGGUCUUCUCAGCGCAUUCGCUGUGGCGAGCGCAAAGGAUCAAGCUGACCUCGAGAAGUAUGGCGCCGUUGCCGUGCGACUGGCCAUGCUUGUCGGUGGCCUUGUUGACGCCCAGGAAGCUUGGAACGUGGAAUUUGGACAGGGUCCGUCCAAAUCAUACGCCACAGCCUGGCACAACGCUCAGGAGCGUCAAGAGUUGAACCGAAUUACCGAUAGCUUGUUUCCCCAGGCUUAUAUCUCGGUGCUCUACGACGAGUCGCGAGCCACAGUCACAAUAACGCAGCAGGCUGUGCCUGCUUUCCUGCAAGCAACCAAGGACUCUGGCAUCACCGUGGCAGAGGUCGGCCUCCGAGGCCGCUUCCACAGUCCCAGCAAGGACUUCCUCACACUGACGGACACGCUCGUCGAGCUGUGUAAUAGCACGACCCUUCUCCGUUUCCCAAGCUCUUCAGAGCUGGCGCUGCCGACUUACACCAACGACGUCGUGGAUGGCAGGCCAGUUGGAAGCACCACCGACGUUAAAGGUCUUACAUUGACCGAGAUCGCGCUGCGUGCCAUCCUUGUAAAGCGGUGCAAUUGGUACUCAACUCUUGCCGCUGUGCAAGCAAACCUCAGAAAUGACGUCGCCUUCCUCUCUUUUGGCCCAGACCGCUGCGUUCCGCCCACCCUGGCCCGCCAGCUGGGUUCCAGACUCGUGGAGUUUUACGACUUGGACUUGGAUGGGGAAGUGCCCCAGCACCUGUCAAGUGUUUUGGAUCCAGAUGCGCAUUUGUUGCAUCAGCAGCAGUCGCAGUCGCAGCCUCAGCCUCAGACUCAGCCCAGGGAUGAGAGUGACAAUGCCAUCGCUGUCGUCGGCAUGUCUAUCAAGGUGGCCGGUGCCGACGAUCUAGAUGAGUUCUCGCAGAUGCUUCGAAUUGGCAAGUCGCAACAUGAGGAAAUCACCUCGGAGCGCCUUAUGAUGGAUACCUUGUUUCGAGAAGGCGACAAGGAUCCGAAACGCAAAUGGUACGGGAACUUCAUCCGCGAUGUCGACGCCUUCGACCACAAAUUCUUCAAGCGCGGCCCUCGCGAGGCCUUGACCAUGGACCCUCAGCAGAGGCUCUUCCUGCAGGCUUCGUAUCAAGCUGUCGAGCAGUCUGGCUAUUUCGCAGAGACAACCUCCAGCUCUCCGGUGCGGGACAAGAACCAUGUCGGGGUGUACCUUGGUGCGUGUGCAGGCGACUACGAGCAUCACGCCGCCGGACACACUGCCAAUGCUUUUACCGCAACGGGUAAUCUCAAAAGUUUUAUCCCAGGCAAAGUGUCGCACUAUUUCGGCUGGACUGGGCCAUCUAUGACUUUUGACACGGCUUGCUCUGCCUCUGCAGUUGCCAUUCACACGGCGUGCCGCAACCUCUUGUCAGGCGAGUGCACAGCGGCGCUCGCGGGUGGCGUUUCCACCAUCACGAAUUUCCUGUGGCAUCAGAAUCUUGCGGGAGCGAGUUUCCUAAGCCCUACUGGACAGUGCAAGGCCUUUGAUGAUGCAGCUGAUGGGUAUUGUCGAGCUGAGGCUAUUGCCUGUGUUUUCCUCAAGAAGGCUUCUGACGCUCUUGCCGACGGCAAUACUACCCUGGGCUAUAUUCCGUCGACUGCUGUUUAUCAGAACCAGAACUGCACUCCGUUAUUUGUGCCCAACUCUCUAUCACUAUCUCAGCUGUUUACCGACGUAAUCAAAAAGGCGCAUAUUACUCCUUAUGAUGUCUCUGUAGUUGAGGCCCAUGGCACCGGAGCUCCCGUGGGAGACCCGGCUGAGUACGAAAGUGUUCUCCAAGCACUGGCUGGGCCUACUCGAUCUAAACCACUAGUUCUAGGCUCCGUCAAGGGACACGUCGGUCACAGUGAAGGAGCAUCUGGCGUGGUGUCUCUUAUCAAGAUUAUUAUGAUGAUGCAGGAAGGAUAUAUCCCUCCGCAGGCCAGUUUCACCAAGAUGAGCCACUACAUUAAGACGUCGCCGACAGACAUGAUGGAGGUUUCGACUUCUCUCCGACCAUGGAAUGAGGAGCGCAAGAUAGCUCUGAUCAACAACUACGGGGCAUCUGGAUCUAACGCGUCCAUGAUUGUCUCUCAGUCUCAUUACAACAGCAGCGGUCAAGCAUCUUCCUUUAUUCGGGGCAGCGGCGUCAAUAAUGCCCCGUUCCCUUUCUUGAUCACGGGUUUCGACGCGCGCAGCAUCACCGCGUACACCGCCAAACUUCUGGCUUUUCUGAAGGCCAGAGAAAAGACCAGUGUUUCUCUAGCUGACGUCUCAUUCAGCGUUAAUCGACAGUCCAACCGUACUUUGCAGUAUGGCAUGAUGUUUUCUUGCCACUCCAUGUCCGAGCUUGAAGAGAAGCUUAGUAUGCCGGACAAAUCGGUUGCUCCUGUACAAGCUGUGCGCCCGGUAGUCUUGUGCUUUGGAGGCCAAGUGUCAACCUUUGUUGGUCUCGAUCAGAAUAUUUACCGCUCAAUAUCUGUAUUGCGCCAUCAUCUGGAUCAAUGCGAUGCCAUAAUGCGGUCACUUGGCCUCAGCUCCAUCUUGCCUGAUAUUUUCUCACGGUCGUCCAUCACGGAUCCUGUAAAGCUGCAGUCUAUGCUCUUUGCCUUACAAUACUCCUGCGCCAAGUCCUGGAUGGAUAGCGGCCUUGAGGGAAAGAUUGUCUCUGUUGUCGGGCACAGCUUCGGUGAGAUUACUGCAUUAUGUGUGUCUGGUGUAUUGAGCCUCCUCGACGCAGCCAAGCUUGUCGUCAGCAGGGCCAAACUAAUUCGUGACGAUUGGGGGCCCGAUCCCGGUGCCAUGAUUGCUGUUGAGGCUGAUGAGGAAACCGUUUAUAAGCUCUUGGCGGAAGCAAACCGACGAUAUGAGGGUGAGUAUCCUGCGAGCAUCGCUUGCUACAAUGGUCCGCGAAGCUUCACCCUGGCUGGAUCUACCAGGGCCAUUGAUGCGGUCGCUGAGACAAUUCCACAACUCGGAUCUAUUAAAAGCAAGCGGCUUAACGUUACUAAUGCUUUCCACUCCACUCUUGUCGGACCUCUUAUGAGUCGCCUGGAGGAGCCGAGGACCACCCUUCAGCUAUCUGGAUCGAAGCUGGAUCAGCCUCCACUAUCACACAUGGCGAGUAGAGCCUUGGCUGGUAUGGUCAAGCCUGAUGCCCAUCAUUUCCAGGCUUUAAGUCUCACAAACACUGAAAAGGGAAUCCAUGGCCUGACUGAUGCCACCCUUUCUCUCUGGAAGCAAGGUCUACGCGUUUCGUUCUGGGGACACCAUCCCUUACAAACCACCGAAUAUGCGACUCUACUUCUUCCACCCUACCAAUUUGAUAAGGUCCGGCAUUGGAUGGAGCUCAAGUCCCCUCUGAAAGCGAUCACUGAGGCAGCUGCAGCUAUGGCGGCAACUGCCGGACCUGUGGUGAUACAGCCACAGCAAUCAGUAGAUGAGAGGCUGCUCGGACUGUGGUCGCUUACUGCCUAUGAACAGAAUGAAAGUCCCAAGAAAGCUCGCUUUCGCAUCAACACUGGCUCUGACAAAUACAAGAAGUACAUCUCAGGCCACUUGAUCGCGCAGACGGCGCCUAUUUGCCCGGCUACUCUGCAAGUGGACAUGGCUAUUGAGUCAUUAUUCAGCCUGAACCCGCAUUGGACUGCCUCGUCAAUGCAGCCCGUUGUUCUAGAUAUGAGUGACCACUCGCCACUUUGUGUUGAUCCGACAAAGACCACGUGGCUUGAGUUUGAUUCUCUAAAUGAUUCUGCUUCAGUCUGGGCAUGGAAGAUUUUCUCGACUUCAAGCACUGGGAGCAACGAGACCCAUGUUGAAGCUAAACUGCAUAUUCGCUCGCCUGACGAAGCAGCCUAUCAAACCGAAUUCGGUCGGUUCGAGCGGUUGGUCACGCACAGCCAGUGUACGGCUGUGCUGAACCUGCCGGACGAUGACGACGUCGACAUUCUUCAAGGCCGCAACGUAUACCCGGCCUUUUCUGACGUUGUUGACUAUGGUGAGCUGUACCGCGGUGUUCGCCGCGUUGUUGGUCGCGCCGGAGAAUGUGCUGGACGUGUCGUGACGAAGCACAACGGAGAGUCUUGGCUCGAUGUCCCACUGAGCGACUCGUUCAGCCAAGUCGGCGGGCUGUACAUUAACUGCAUGACAGAUCGUCCAGCAAGCGACAUGUUCAUUGCGACAGGUUGUGAGAUGGCGAUGCGGUCCCCGCGUAUGGCCAGGCUGGGUAAAGAUGAGGUUCCCGGGUCGUGGCACGUCCUAACCCGCCACCACAGACAAGGUGAAAAAGUGUACACCAGCGAUGUGUUUGUAUUCAACGCCACCACUGGCAUGCUGACCGAAUUAAUGAUUGGAAUCACAUUUGCGAGGGUAGCCAAGGCUUCCAUGAGCAAGAUGCUGACGAGACUGACUGGGGACGAAUCGGUGCUAAAGAUCAAGCCAUCUCAAGCACAAGCUGCUCUGACGACGACAGUAGCCGCUCCAGUUCCUUUUCACCCUACACAGCAACCACAGGUACUCGAUAAAUCCGCUACUGAAACGUCCGCUUCACAAAAGACAAGCAGCCAGAAGAAGGGAACGGAGUCAGGGGUGAGCGCUGUCAAGCCCUCCCGUCCGGACGUCACGAAUGACCUACGCAACCUCGUUGCGAAUAUUUCAGGCGUUGAGCCCCACGAGAUUGAGCUCGAUACAGAAAUGGCGGAGCUCGGCAUCGACUCUCUAAUGGGCAUGGAGGUGGCCCGCGAGGUUGAGAGCGUCUUCAAGUGUACACUGGAUCAGACGGAGCUGAUGGAGGCAACCUCGCUGCGAAAGUUUGUCGUGUGUCUCAAUAACGCACUCUAUGGACCGGGAUACGACAAUGCCGCUGAUGAAUCUGUUGGGACCGACAAAGAUGACGACUUUUCAUCUCAGGGCGCCUCUGAUAACACUCCGACGGGCACGGGGGCAACUACUCCAAGUGUUCCAGACAUCAAGCCCAAUGCUAUUCACGACGUGCCAUCGGUCAAGCCAGCUGCAACAGCUACCGUCGCGCCGCCAGUCGAGACAAGCUUGAAAAUCGCCAGCUCUGCUAUCCUCAAGGCAUUUGGCGACGUCAAGAUGUUUACAGACCAGGAGAUCAGGAGCUUCAAGCUGGAUAGAAUCCACAGAGCAGUUCUCGCCGGCUCCAAUCGCCUCUGUACCGCCCUAGUGGUGGAACAAUUCGAGAAGCUGGGAUGCGAACUUCGAGCAGCCUCGCCGGGGCAGGUUCUGAACCGUGUCCCUUUUCAGCCACAGCACGAGCGACUCAUGGAAUUUGUGUACAAGUUUCUGGAGAAGGACACUCGGCUUAUCGACAUUGAUGAGUUCACCGGGCAAAUUACACGGACCAGCAUCCCAGUGCCGCGAAAGGCUAGUGGUGCUAUCUUUGCGGAGCUCCUGCAAGCUUUCCCCGAGUUUGCCGUCGCCAACAAGCUGACAAACUAUGCUGGAAAUCAUCUUGCCGACGUCCUUACCGGCAAGACGGAUGGCAUUCGCGUUAUAUUCGGGUCUCUGGAAGGCCGUGACCUGGUUCAGAGCCUGUACCUCGACCACUCCUUCAACCGGAUGCAGUAUGGACAGAUGCGGGAUAUCAUUCAGCAUCUGACGCAAAUGUUGCCACGGGAUCAAGGUCCUCUCAAGAUACUGGAGGUUGGCGCUGGGACGGGGGGCACGACGUGCGUGCUGGCUCCAAUGCUGGCGUCGCUCGGGUUCCCUGUUGAGUACACAUUCACGGAUAUAUCGCCAUCCAUGGUUGCCAACGCCAAACGCAAGCUCAACAAGGAGUACCCGUUCAUGCGAUUUGCUGUUCACGAUAUUGAGAGGCCGCCUGCAGGGGAACUCGUGGGCCAUCACCUUGUCAUUGGCAGCAAUGCCGUCCACGCGACACAUAACCUCGUCACCUCCCUGGCCAAUGUUCGCAAGGCACUGAGGCCCGACGGCUUCUUAAUGAUGCUGGAGAUGACUGAGAGUGCACCCUUUAUUGACCUCAUCUUCGGCCUCCUGGAAGGCUGGUGGCUGUUUGACGACGGCCGCAAGCAGGCCAUCGUUUCGGCCGAGCACUGGGAGCGCGACCUCCAUGCUUCCGGCUUCGGUCACGUUGAUUGGACCGACGGAAGCCUCCCUGAGAACAGAUACCAAAAAGUUAUUAUUGCACUGGCAUCUGGGACCCAGUCUGAACGCCUUCCCUGUCCCAUGCCCGAAGAUGCAUGUGAACCGGCCCAAGGUCUUCGAGACGUGGUGGCACACGAGGCGGAAGCCAACCGCCUCAUGUCCAAGCACAUCGAUGCGUUCGCCGCACCACGGCUAUUGUGCUCGGGUAAAACACAAGGUGCCAUAUUGCGGGACGGCCAUGACGCAGUGGUUCUCGUUACAGGAGCCACAGGCAGCCUGGGCUCUCAUGUGGUCGCCAGAUUCGCCGAGGAGGCCGCAGUCAAGACAGUCGUCUGCGUGAACCGAAAGACCGGCACGCCCGUCACGCAGCGCCAAGCCGAGGCCUUCUCAUCGCGUGCAAAGCUUGGUUUGCCUGCCGAGGAGUACGCAUGGCUUGCACACAACGUCACGCUCAUUGUCUACAACGCCUGGCCGAUGAGUGGUACUCGGCCCGUCAAGGCAUUUGAGCAGCAGUUCCAGGCGCUGCGCAACCUACUGGACCUGGCUCGCGAUAUCGCUGACACUAGGGGCCACGACUCGGGAUUCCGAGUGGGCUUCCAGCUUGUGUCUUCGAUUGGCGUUGUCGGAGAGGCCGGUAAGGCGCGAGUACCGGAGGACCGCGUGCCAUUCUCAGCGACGCUCCUGUGGGCUAUUGCGAGGCCAAACCGUUUCCGCACCAUGGUGGUCCGCCCCGGCCAGAUAGCCGGAUCCCGCAAGAGUGGCUUCUGGAAACCCAUCGAGCACUUUGCUUUCCUGGUCAAGUCGGCGCAGACUCUGCGAGCUUGGCCGGACUUUGACGGCGUGCUGCAAUGGACGCCCGUUGACGCAGCGGCCGGUGUGCUGGUGGACUUGUGCCGCGUCGCGCAGCUGCACAACGCCCCGGAGCCGUAUCCCGUGUACCAUGUCGACAACCCCGUCGGCCAGCCGUGGAAGGAGAUGAACCUUGUGCUGGCGGACGCGCUGGGAAUCCCGGCCGAGGGCAUCGUGCCGUUCCGAUACUGGGUGGACAUGGUGCGGCGGUCGCCUCUGCCUGCCGAGACGGACAAUCCCGCCGCCAGGCUGAUGACUUUUUAA